AAAGGGAAGGGGGCAUGAGAGGGCUGAGUGAUUCUAGUAAAUAUUUAUAUUGUAUUAUAAUACGAGGAGGGAGACUGAGAAAGGAGGGGAGCUAGAGAGCGCGUCCCAACCCUUUAUUAAUUUUAUUCCGGACCGAUAAGUUUAGCAUUCAACACGUGUCGCCUGAGAUGGAGAGAGGCAGGGAGGGAGGAAGGGGAAGGAGGAGAGAGAUACAGGGGGAGAGAUGGAGGUUGACGGUUGCUAGGUGACGGGGCGCAUAUACUGAAUUUUAACAAAAGAAGAGGGAAAGAGGGAGAGCUGGAGAGAGUGUGUGUGAGAGAGAGGAGAGAGGGAGCGAGAGAGGUGAAGAGAGAGAUCGGGAGAAAUUGAAUACAUGUAGAACAUAUAUAUUUAUACAGAUAUAUAUUUUCACAGCGUGCGUGUCUGUGUGCGUGUGCGCGCGUGUGUGGCGGCAGCGGCGGCGGUGGAGGUGGCGGUGGUGGUGAGGGACACCCGCAAAACGGAUACCUCAAAAAGCAAGGAUGUGAAAAAGAAUGGAGGGACGCAGGAAGAGAGGGGGGAAAGGCUGGUGAAAUUCAGCACCCUCUCCAAGUGCGAUAUAUAUCCGCCUCCCCCCCCCGGCAGGUUGCCAUGGUCGCCAUACCUACUCUCUCUCUCCUAUUGGUCCUGGCAGAGUGGGCAGGUCUGGUGGACGCAUCCCCCCACCUACUGCUCCGGCCGAGCCCGCGAGAGCGUGAUGCAGGGGCCAUGAUGAACUUCAACAUUGCCGUGAUCCACGCCGGUGCCACGGUGCAGGCGGAAGCGGCGGUGGCAGGGCCUGGGGGAAGGGUGCUCUACCCCGGCUUCGGACGGGUAUACGGCUCCCUGGGGGAGAGCGUGGUCACCCAGUGGGGCUCUGCUAACGUCAUCUGGCUUCAGGUGAAUGACAGCAGCCCUAAGACGGUGCUGUCCCAGCUGUGUGAGCUGUUAGCGGCGAGGCCCCUGCAGGGUCUGGUUUACGAAGAGGAGAGGCCCCCUCCGACGGCUUGGGGUCCCUUGGCCCCUAUGCUGGAGUUUGUCUCUGCACAAACAGGACUACCCAUAGUGGCUGUAGGCGGGGGAGCAGGGCUGGGGAGGAUGCCACAGGAAUCAGGUUCCAUCUUUCUCCAGUUCAGCUCCUCCACCGCGCUCCAGUUAGAGGUCAUCUUCGAGGUGCUGGAGGAGUACGACUGGACCGCCUUCUCUGUGGUUUCCACGCGUCACCAUGGCUACCAGGACUUCCUGUCCGUAGUGGAGGGCCUGACGGAUGGCUCCUUUAUCGGCUGGGAGAAGAAGAGCGUUGUGAUCCUGAAUGUGACAGACGACCCUGGGGGGUCACGCACGCGCAGGCUGCUGAAGGAGAACGAGGCGCAGGUGCGUCUGCUCUACUGCUCUCAGGAGGAGGCCGAGCUGGUCUUCCGUGCUGCCUGUGCUGCUGGUCAGGCCGGGGCCUCGCACAUGUGGUUCGCAGUGGGCUCUGCUCUCUCGGGUCUGGCCCUGGAGAGCCUGCCUCGGGCAUUAUUUGCCGUACGGCCCCAGGGCUGGAGGGACGAGCCUCGCCGAAGGAUCGCUCGGGGAGUGUCUGUACUCACUCAUGGGGCCGUGGCGAUGCGCAAGGAAUAUGGAAGCACGGGCGGGCCAAAUUUUGUCACCACAUGCAUGACUGAUGCUAAUCAGACACAGAGACUGCGAAGCAGGAUGAGGUAUUUCAGCAACAUAACGCUUGGUGGUCGAGACUAUUCCUUCAAUAGCGACGGUUACCUGGCCAACCCCUUCUUGGACGUCAUCUCUUGGACACCUGGAAGAGGAUGGGAAGAUGUAGGUUGGUGGGAGAAUGGCGUGCUGAGGCUUCGCUACCCAGCCUGGUCCCGCUACGGGCCCUUUCUGAAGCCACCUGACGAUGCCCAGCACCUGCGUGUAGUAACACUGGAGGAAAGACCAUUUGUCAUUGUGGAGCUUGCAGAUGCUGCUUCAGGAACCUGCAUCAGGGACUCGGUUCCCUGCAGACGACCCUUAAAUGCCAGUGCAAUUCAUGAGGGUUUGGCUCCUCUGAAGCAGUGCUGCAAGGGUUUCUGCAUUGACAUUCUCAAGCGACUUGCCAAGAUUGUUGGCUUCACCUACGACCUCUACUUGGUCACCAAUGGGAAGCAUGGGAAGAAAAUCGAUGGCGUUUGGAAUGGCAUGAUUGGAGAGGUGGUGUACAAGCGGGCAGACAUGGCCAUCGGCUCACUGACUAUCAAUGAGGAGAGGUCCGAGGUCGUGGAUUUCUCCGUGCCCUUCGUGGAGACAGGGAUCAGUGUCAUGGUCUCCCGUAGCAAUGGAACUGUUUCACCAUCAGCUUUUUUAGAGCCUUACAGUCCAGCGGUGUGGGUGAUGAUGUUCGUCAUGUGCCUCACUGUUGUGGCUGUGACUGUCUUUAUUUUUGAAUUCUUCAGCCCUGUGGGCUACAACCGCAGUCUGCAGACAGGAAAGAAGGCUGGAGGGUCCACGUUCACCAUUGGAAAAUCUGUCUGGCUUUUAUGGGCCAUUGUUUUCAACAACUCCGUGCCGGUGGAGAACCCGAGAGGAACCACAAGCAAGAUCAUGGUGCUGAUCUGGGCCUUCUUCGCUGUCAUUUUUCUGGCCUCUUACACUGCUAACCUGGCUGCCUUCAUGAUCCAGGAGGAGUACAUCGACACAGUUUCAGGCCUCUCGGACAAGAAGUUUCAGCAUCCAGAGGAGCAGUACCCACCUCUGAAGUUUGGCACGGUGCCCAACGGGAGCACAGAAAAAAACAUCCGCUCCAACUAUCCAGACAUGCACCAGUACAUGGGCAAAUACAACCAGAGGGGAGUGGAGGACGCCAUCCUGAACCUAAAGACUGGGAAGUUGGAUGCUUUUAUUUAUGAUGCUGCAGUGUUAAACUAUAUGGCCAGGAAGGACGAAGGCUGUAAGGUGAUGACCAUAGGCUCGGGGAAGGUUUUUGCCACCACAGGCUACGGUAUCGCCCUGCACAAAAACUCACGUUGGAAACGUCCUCUUGACCUGGCCCUGCUGCAGCUAGUGGGAGAUGAUGAGAUUGAGAUGCUGGAGCGCCUCUGGCUGUCAGGUAUCUGCCAUAAUGACAAAAUUGAGGUGAUGAGCAGUAAACUGGACAUUGACAACAUGGCUGGGGUCUUCUACAUGCUGCUGGUGGCUAUGGGCCUCAGUUUGCUGGUGUUUGCCUGGGAACAUUUAGUCUACUGGAAACUGCGCCACUGCAUGGCCACUAGUUCCGGCAAAUUGGACUUUCUCUUGGCAAUUAGCAGGGGCAUGUACAGCUGCUGCAGCUUUGAGGAUGAAACUGCACCAGGUGGUUCUAAAUCUUUGCCUUCACACCACCACACAGCAAUGGUUACUGUUCCACCGCAGCCACAUGUUGUCUCCACUACUAUGACCAACCCAGCAAUUGCAAUGGCGCAACAGCAGCAACAACCACAACAGCAGCAACCACCGCCUGUCUACAAAACACCUCUACCAGGCUCUCCUCCCACUGUGGUGCAUUCUGGGUCAGCACUGGGUUCUUCUAACCCCCCCAUUGCUGGUGCCCCCCUCCCUUGCUCCACUUUCCUGCCCAGGCCUGAUCGCAGGUUGGCAGUAGUGGAUCGCUGGAGGUUGCCUAAAACUGCUACAGCCACCAACCCCAUGGCUGUAAGAGGGGGCAUCACUGACAUGGGGCCGUUUGCUCAGAAAGUUCCACAAACUUGGGCUACAGCUGCUGGAGGGGGUGGGGGACUCGAUGGCUAUAAGAGAUAUUAUGGUCCCAUUGACCCUGAGGGACUGGGGUCCUGCAUGGAUCAACAAGCAGGGUCCCAGACCCCCAAGACUAUGCCAAGGGGCCACCCCCAACCCCCUCCAGCGAGUGUGGCCUUCUAUUCUGAGAAGAGCAUGGACCAAGGGGUGGGGAAGAGGGUGGUGGGAGGUGGCAGUGGAGGUCAGGGGAAAGGGCCUGUUAAACCUCUGGGCACCCCCAGGCUGCCUCCUAAGAGUCAGGCCCCUCUCCCUCCUACACCUCCACUGCCACAUCCCUCUCCCCCUCUCCCUUCAUCCUUUUGGAGAAAGCGGAGGCCUAAGAAGCCCAAAGAGCCUGGAGGGCCACUGUAUGAGAACAUUCUGCCUCUGGGGCGAAGGGGAGGAGCAAGAGAUGGAAUUAGGGAAGGAGGAGGAAGGAGGUCCCGCCCACUUUCUCCUCCACUCUCACUUCCCAUACCAGUUCCACUCAGCCCUUCCUAUACCCCUCCUUCUCCUUCUGCAUCUUUGCACUAUACGUCCUCGUCCUCUACGUCAACCACCUCGUCAACAUCAACGUCUUCAUCUGCCUCAUCUUCUCGCUCCACCUCUCCCACAUAUUCUUACAGCUCCUCCAGGAGCACACGAGACAGGACAGGAGGAAUAAAUGGUGAGGACGAUGACGAUGAUGAAGAUCUGACAGAAGAGUCAAGCCUUCUCCUUGGGAGAGGAAGAGAGAGAGAGCGAUCAAUCAUUCGACCUCGUUCCCUCAGCCACGGGCGCUUGCCACCACCAAUUCCCCCCAGGAAACCACGCACAUCUUGGGGUGACAGAGAAAGAGAACGGGAAAGAGAAAGAGGGGGGAGCCAACUGUCUCAGCUCCAAGAGUGGUGGGCAAGCUGGAGUGAAAGGGAGAGGGGUGGAACAGGUGGAGAGACUGAAAGGCAGAAAAGAGAAAAGAAGAGGAGGAAAGAAAAGGAGAAAGAGAAGAAGAAAAAGAAAAAGAACAAAAAGAGGAAAAAGAGAGAGGAGAGGGAAAGAGAACGGGAGAGAGAAAGGAAACGAAGGAAGGUGAAAAAGAAGAAGAAGAAGGCAUUAAAAACAAAGAAGAGGAAAAAAUCUACUGGGGGAAAGCGGUCUGAGCCUGAAGAUGGAGAUGUAGAACAAGAGAGAGAAGGAGAUGCUGAGAGAGAAAGAGAUGAAGGAAUACAGGACUACUCUUCAUUUUCUGCCCAAUAUGGGAGCACGUUUGGAGAGAAGGGACGAGAUUCAUGGGAAGGAGACAGAGAAAGAGGCAGGGGGGAAGAUGGCAAUGAUAGAGAUGAGGACGACAGUGGAAGAAGCAAAGAAAGACGUCCCAAGUCCUCCCAUUCUCAUUCUAGACGUCGAACUCCUAAUAAGCGCUACUCCAACUCUAAUAAGUUCCCUGCAUCUGUUAAAUUUUGGAUGAAUGGGAGAGGAGAUAACACCAGUGCCACUCCAGUAUCCCUCCACCCACUUCUUCCAUCAUCUAAGCGGCGAAAAAGUGGAGGGAUUGACAGAGAAGAUAGUGGUAGAGUUGGAGAGAGACGUCCUUUGUUGAUGCAUUAUGAAAAAGAAAAAGCACAGACAAGGGAAGGGCUGUCUUUCCAUGAAUGGGACUCAGAUGAAGAUGAUGAUGAUGCUGAUGAUGAUGUGGAAGAGGACGAGAGGGAUAGACCAAGGGAGCGGGGAGAGGACAGAGGAAGGAGGGUAGGUAGAGGGGCUGUCUCUGAGUCUGAGAGGGACAGGGGAAGGUUGGAGGACAGCUACUCGGAUGAGGGUUCUUCGGGAGAAUUUGGUCGUUUUGAAAGAUAUUGGGAAGAAAGUGCAGGAGGCACUGGCACUGGGAUCGGAGGCAUAGGUGGAGGAGGCUGGUUCUUUGGUACCUAUCCCUCCAGAGAAAAAGGGGGAAGUAUCAAUAGUCGGGAUGAUUCCUUAGGGACUCGGGCAGAGGGCUGGAUUGGUGCUGAUUCCUGGGGAUCAGGACCAGGUAUUGGUUGGGCAUCUGGUGGAGGUAGUGGAGGGCUGAGCUCACAGUGGCCACCACCCCCAACAGCCUUCCCUCCACCUAGACGAUAUUGGUCGAUGGACAAAAUUCCAGUGAAGGGAGAAAAAAAGUGGAAGAGUGGAGGUGGAAAGAGAAAAGGAAGAAGCAGGGAAAGACUGGAUGAGGCAGGACGGGCAACUCUGUGUUCUUGUAGCCUUUACCCCCAACCACAUCCUUAUCCACAUCCCCAUGGCCGGUCACACACUUCUAACUCCAAGAGAAGAGCAUCAGCACUUUCCCAUAGCCAAGAAGAGCUUCUUCCCCACUGCCACAGCUUCAGCGGGGGCUCUCGUCCCAAACCUUUGCCUCCCAAACCUGAUUCCAGUCAAGCCAAAUCAGGCAGCCAGUCUAACCUCAGCCUCAACACACAGCCUACAGACCAUCCACCACAGCCCUUACCGUCACCACCACAGCAGCCGUCCAUGUCACCCACCUCCCUGCCCAUGCCCAUUGCACCUCCACCCUCCUCAGCCUCUGUCUCACCACCAGCAGGGGUAGGGAUGGCCGGUCAGGCUCAGGCUUCAGCCAGUGCCAAACUCCAGUAUCAGAGACUGCGCUCUGUGCCUCAGCCACGGAGGUUCUACUCUCCCCACCUACCACUCAAAGCCAAGAGCCUGUGCUCACGUCGAGGAUCAGCCCACUUUUCCAGCUUGGAAAGCGAGGUAUGACAGGGGGAGAGGAGAGAGGGAGACGUGGGAGCAAGCACCAGUGCUACCGAAAACCACGGUACCAUGGCAGCUGGAGCCAGGGACAACACCAGAGAUAUGGCUGCCUUGGUGACCUUAGGUAAUCGGUUAGCAAGCAUCACUACAGGAACAAACAUGAACAGAGGCUCUUUUGCUAACAAUACUCUCGGUGAGAGCGACACUACUGCCACCCGCUCCAUUGUACGCGUUCUUAUGAGGGCGACAGUGAGAUGCCACACCAGGGUGAGCUACAUCCGUCUGGAUGGUUCCUUUGAUGAAGAGAGUGAAGGUGAGGCUGCAUCACCGGGGACUUCGACCCCAGAACUUCUCUUAUGCUCAGAACUGAGCUUUGUGAUGUCAUCUUCGGUCCUUCUCCCCUCCCCAAAUCACAACUGUGGAUAACAGUAGUCUCCAACUUGUGAGUAAUGAUGUCAUGUUUGCACCCACACACACAUACAUGCACCCACCCACCCACACACAAACACACAAAUACAAUAUGCUCAAAACGUCUCCCUCCCUCUGGCUUUGAGUGGGAAGAGGAGAGACCCACCUUCUCUCAAAAGAUGCCAGUGUUUAGUCAUCAUCUGGCUUCCUGUCCUCAUUGGCUGAUGGCUUUAGACCUGGACCGGUGGACUGCUUUUCGGUGUCAGAGAGACUAUUCCCUCUACUUCCCUUUUUUAAGAAAAGCAAUGCAGUCACCUCUCUCGUUCACUAUCUGCCUGCUCACAUUUCAAUGGACAGUGAGCACAGUGCUACUUAUUUGCCCUUUGGCCUCAUGACAUGAUCAGACCCAUCUAGCUCUACCCCAGGACCAUCUAUAUGAUGUCACGUUUUACUAGAAACCCUUUUAACCAGUCAGACUGAACAGGAACUUCUUUUUCUCUACACUAUUGGAGCUUGUCAUGACACCUCCGGUCCAACUGGAAAAUAUUACCAAGUAUUAAAGAAUUUGAAUGACAAACUUAUCAUCAAAGGAGGAAUAACAACAUGGAGAAAAAAGACAUGUAGCAGAAUAUCUUUUUUUAUGUCUGUCUUUUACGUUAUAUUCAGACCUCUCUCCCCAUCCCCUUCUUUUUAUUCUAUCAAUAUAUUUCUCUGACUGUGUUAGUGUUUUAAUAAGUAGGAGGCUGGAUGUGGCUAGUGUUGGAAGUGGGAAUGAUUCAAAAGCAGUGCCAAAAUUUUCCCCAAGUUUUUGAACUUCAGUAAAAUAAAAAAAAAAUCUCUCCACAUGUGAACAACUCAUUACUCAGACUAGUUUAAGUGGAUUCAGGAGAUGAUUAGUGUAAUAUCCGUAAUUGGCACUAGAUGGCUGCAUAAUAUUUAAAUACGGUCUUUGAAACAUUGGUGAAGGAGGCUUAAGAUCUGUCAUAUAUGUUUAGAUUCAUUAAAGAUAACAGAGAGUGUGCAGCUUUCAACAUAAUUGCUUCUAUGAAAGUGUCCAGUCAGGGUUUAUUCGGAGCCCAGCACAUUUUUAAAACCCUCUUUGGAUUUCAUUAUAUGUUGCCACCAUACUGUGUCCUGGCUGAGCUGGUGGAUGAUGUAUUAUCUGAAGCACAAUUCCUCAUUGUAUUUUUUAAGAUGUGUUGCCAUAGUUGUAAAUGCACAAUCUCAAGGUAACAUAUUUUGCUGAUACAGCUUUUCACAUAACAAUAAUAAAUGUUGCUGGUGUGAACAAUACAUUUCACUGUAACCAAGACUUAAAGAGUUUAACACCAAGAAACUUACACUGACAUAAUCAUAUGCUUUGUCUUAUUUAUUUUUGGCAAAUAAGACAGAGUGACUUACUGUGAAUGUUUCCAGGUGCACAUUCAGUAGCUGAGCCUUCACUGAAUGCAGUUGGUGAUAACUCACAUUGUCAAGAUUAUCAGAUGAUGGUUUGACUUUGAGCAAUAUUCCUAACUUUAAUAUGACAGGGAUGCAGUGGGACAUCAUUCCAGUUGCUUUUUAAACAAGAUUUAAAUAAGAUAUGCCAUUUGGUCCCAGUUUAGAUUAGCCAUAUCUUUGGUAGUUGUAUUUUACUUGUUAAGACCCUGUUCUUCACACUAACUUGGCUAUUGUGCAAAACGGAGAUAUUUCUGUUUCUGCUUCUGCACUUCCUGUCCACAUGCAAAGGUGAUCUUUUGGUGAAAAAACUGUGGUUUUUGAAAACGGUUUAGGUGAUACAAAAUGACUCUUGCCCGCCGUAGCUCUCGGUGCGAAAAGCCACAAAAACAGUGCAACAUUUCUUUAUGGGAUAUUUCAUAUAUAUUAAAUAUCUGUCUCUUUUGGUCCUGAGUCUACAAACUUCAAAUGUAAGCUGAAGAAGUUACCAGCUGAAUGGUAAGGGUAAACAGUUUCAUGGAAAACAAUUGUUUAUAUGGAAUCUUUAGGCUAGCAACUCUUUUGCAAUGCUCAGGAUGUUCUCAUUUUGAAUAUUAAUGUUAUUAAUCUUAUCUCUUCCUGUUGACGAUGCAUAGUUGUUACAGUGAUUUUGAUUAGAUUCCCACAGAUGUAAUUUUUUGAAAUGGAAGAAAAAUAAAUAUUUGUUUAAACAAAUACCUGAAUUAGGGUAGCUAGGGCCAACAUUUACAGCACUUAACUUUAGGUGACAAAUUCAAACAAGAAAUGCUACAUGUAAAAGACAGGGUAGUGACAUGUAGCAUGGUACCUUCUGUGCCAAAAGCCAUCUACCUUUUAGCUGUGCCAUCACUAUUUUCUUAACUUCAGCAUAUCUACUUCAUAUCUCACACUAAGACCAGCCACAGCCCAGCCAUUCAUCUAUUGUAGUUGAAUGUAGCGUUGAACUGAUGUAGCAAAAGAACACCUACUUACUUUGUAGCUUUGUUUUUGGAUGCUGUUUAUAAAGGCUCAAAGGAUGGGACAGAGGGGAGGGAAAUGACCUGCCAUGCGAGGGGCUGUGCAUCGUGUUUGUGCAUGUCGUCACAGAUCGGAGGGUUAGUUGACCUUUUCACUUUCCCUUUUUUUCCACUCCUUUGCCCUUCUAGAGGCCAGACUAUACCUUUUAUCUGCACACGGAUUGCUUUUCUUUUGUACCUCUAUGUGGGGCCGUUUUUAAAAACGUGUUUUUAGAGAAAUGCUUUUGCUGUUUCCCAUUAUUUGGAAAAAAGCCCCAGACUCAUUGCAUGUUUCGCUGAAUGAAAUUGCCAAGAUUUGUGGUUUGAGGGUUGGUUUAGGUCGGGUUGAAAGUUAUGCUAGGAAACCAGGAAAGCCGCCUUCUGUUGAGAUAAUAAGCUCACUCUGCACCCCAGCUGCGGAAACCACGGCAACAGUCCGACUGUUUCCUGUGUCGUCGAACACAAUUAUUUUCAAACAAUUAACAGGGCUUCAACCUGGUGUGUCACUGAGCAUUAUUGAUUUCUAUUGAGGCACUAAUACUUAAGUCUGUGACUGCAUGAACACAAAUGACUCUUAAAAACCCUCUGGCUUAUUUUUAUUUAUUUAAUUUUAUGCUGAGAAAAAAGAAUAUAUUGAAAUAUACUAUGUUUUUGAGAAUGUACCAUGUUAUACUGUGAUUUAACUGAGAUAUUUUAUUGUAUUCAAUCAUCAUUUGAAUUCUAUCAUUAAUCUAUAAAGAAAUAUAUAUGUACAAAUAAAUAUAUACAUAUAUAUACAUACAGGUAUAUAUAUAUAUAUUAGUUAAGUUUGGUAUAUUUGGAGGAAGUGUUAGAUGAAAUAGUUUUAAAUGUUUUAGCUUUGUAGCAAUUCUAGACACUGAAAUCAUUUUUGAAUUUUGAUUCCUCCUAUAUGACUGUGAAGACAUUAGUGCCUGUGACAAAAAAGACGAGUAAAAGUCAAAAACUCUCUAAUCAUCUGUAUCUACUAUGGCUAUCAGUCCGUCACACCUCUAGUACUACCUAACAUAACAUUUCUUUUCUUUUUCACACAUCAGAAUGUGUCUCUUUUGUUUUCUGCAUUUCUUCUCUUCUCGUCAGUUGUUUCAUUAACAACCUAUCGACCGUCCACUUCUGUUUUUAAUUUCAAUCACAUGGUGAUCACAUCUCUCUGUCAAUUAACACAUCCAUUGAUCUUGGUCUUUCCUUUGUUUUCAGUUGUGUUCUUUUCAAAUCAGAUCAUCCCUCUGUCUGUCUCUCACUUAGCAAAAAACAGAGACCAGUAGAUACUGUGUUCUUGCUCCUUUUUGACUGAUUGUUGAUGAUGGCGAUGAUGAUGAUCAAUUCAUUGAUUGAUAAAACAAUUCAUGAACAAUGUUAGUAGUACUGAUGUGACUGAAGUGUGUAUUUGACGACCACACCACUGUAGCAAGUCUGGGCUGUACCACACCACCAGCAAGCAAGUGGGGCCUCAGUUCUAGGUCAUAUAUCAUAAAGUCCUACACGUUAUCCAAAGUACUGGUCAAAUAUAUUUGAACAGUGUUGAGGUUGGUAAAUUGGGAGGAACCGUUUCUAAAUACAGAGGGGCAUUAUACAAAAGUGUCUUGCAGAAAUUUUCUUACCCCUUGGAUAGUUUCACAUUUUGUUACAUUACAGCCAUAAACAUUUAUGCAUUUUAUUGGGUUUGUAUAUGAUAGACAAGCAAAAAGCAGUGCAAAACUGUGAAGUGGAAGGAAAAUUAUAAAUGGUUUUUAACAUGUUUUUACAAAUAAAAGUGAUGUAAAGUGUGCUGCCCAUUUUUCCUUAGCCCUAUUUAUUCUGAUACCCUGACAUAAAACUCAUUGUAAUACAACUACAGAUUCAAGUGUUUUUUUUUUUUUUUUUUCUAGCAAGUCUCUCCCAAUUUCUACUCAUUCUUCUUCCUAGCAAAAUAGCUCAACAUCAACCAGAUUGGAUGGAUAGCAUAUGUGAACACAGAAUUCCAAGUUUUGCCACAAUUUGAUUUGGAUUUGGGUUUGGACUGGGCCAUUUAAAAACAUGUGCUUUGAUCUAAACCAUUCCAUUAUGGUUCUGGCUGCAUGUUCAGGAUUGUUGUCCAGGUGAACGCUUCCUUCAGUUUCAUGUCUUUUGCAACAUCAGACAGCUUAUAUUCCAGGAUUGCCCUGGCUAUGUACAUCUACCCAUCAACUCAGGCCAUCUUACCUGUCCCUGCUAAAGAAGAUCAUCCCCACAGCAUGAUGCUGACACUACCAUGUGUCAAAGGGAGGUGGUGUGGGAAGUUUUAAUCUGCUCUUUAGUGUCAGUAAACCGGUUUGCUCACUAAUAUUCUCUGACAAAUUUAUGAGACCUGAAGUAAUUGGUUGCACUGAAUUAAUUAAGGGCUAUCAGUCUAAAGAGGGCUGAAUACGAAUGCAGGUCACACUUUUCAGAUUAUUUCUUGUAACCACUUGUCAACUAUGCACUACUUUUUUUGGUCAACCGCAUAAAAUCCAAAUAUAUUAUUUUGAGGUUUGCGGUUGUAGCGUGACAAAAUGUGGUUCAAAGGCUAUGAAUACUUUUGCAAGGCAGUGUAGCAGCAUCCUGUCUGCUUUAAAUGCAAAUCUAGACUGGACUGGUUUUACAUGGAAUGUGUUAGGUAGUUUGCACCUUGUCAAAUUAUGUUAAAUCCCUUAGUUAGGUAAUGCCGCCUUGCAUGUUAUUCCAAAAGCAUUUAUUUUUAAUCACCGAUGGACUAAAACAAGUUAAAGCAAUUUAGCCUUUAUUUUUCAAAUGGCUUCUAACUUUGACCCCCAAUGUUUCACUUUCAGCAAAGUCAUGGUUAACUGCUUGAGCACAAAUCAGCAGUGGACUGCAGCUAGACUUUGCGACUCUCUCCUUUGCUUGUUUUUCAUCUUCCACAGUUUCUGAAAAAUGCAUACACACAUUUGCAGUGCAUGCAUGUUACCACAUAAUUCACACAUGAACCAGGCAGUGAUCCUCAGCUGCAAACGAAUUCAGUGUGUUAUGUAGGCUGAUCAUCCCAUGUGAAUUUCACCUACACUGCAAAAAUCAUUCGAUAGUGACUCCAGUUCGUUGAACAUGUCCACUGAGUAACAUUGAGUCCACCUGGGGGAGCUGAGAACCUUCACAGUGAAUAAGCUGCUUGUUUUGAGUUGUCUUUCUGGAAUUUUACAUACCUCCAUAUUUCUUUUCUCCCGUCUCUUGCCUUUUCUCAUCCAUCAGUUUAUCUCAGUGCUGUCAAAAUCAAUUUGUUUUCAUUUUCUGGCUCGCUUUCUCAGUGAUUUGUGUUUUUGUUCUAAUCUGCUUUAAAUUAUUAGAUUAUCUCUUUGGUCAAAAGGGAUGCUUUAAACAGUCCAGUCUAGAACAGUGCGCUCCAGGCCAGUGUAGGACCUGAGUUUCUAAGAGAGCCUAAUGCAGCCUUAAGCUCAUCCCCCCCCCUCUCUUUACCGGCUCAUGACCUGGUAAACAAUAUGUGUGGUGCUCCAGAUCUCAAACAGGGUCCUCAUUGGCUGAACUGGCCAUGAACUAUAUCAAGGAAACAUAGGAGCAUCACAUGUAGUGCCUAUCAGGUCUAGGGUGUGCAUUCUGCCCUGCAGAAAGCUUACUCUGUUGCAGUUGCUGUGACUGGGGCACAUAUUAUAUAUAUAUACCCACAGAAAGCAGCUUGUGCUCUCCCCAUCGUACAAGGCCCAGUUUUGCUCUAGUAACCUUGCCAACACCACAGGCCUACUUACAGGUUGCUACGGCGGGUUGCUAGAAGGGUGAUGUCGCUCCUAGCCCAGACUGGUCUGGUCUUUGCCCUAAUUCAAAUGUGUUAGUUUAUUUGACAUUGUCUGUCUGGGGUGGGGCUGGAGGGUCAGUGCUGCACUUACUUCCUGAGAACUGCUUCAUAAAAUAUGAUUCUCUCUAA